CCUGCCCCUGCACUCACAUCCGGGGUUGGGUUUGCUGCUAACGCGAAACGUAAAUUAACCCGGAAAAAACGAGGCGCUGGAGCCACACGCCCCCAGCUCCCGAUGUGACCGAGGCGCCGGAGCAGCGCCCGGCUGGCCAUGCCCCGGGGCAGCCCGCAGACGCCGCUGGGGUGAUGCUACAAGAAGCCCGGGAUGCCUUAUGUGGAUCGACAGAAUCGUAUCUGUGGGUUUCUAGACAUCGAAGAAAAUGAGACCUGCGGCAAGUUUCUGCGAAGAUAUUUCAUCUUGGACACCCAGGCCAACUGUCUUCUGUGGUAUAUGGAUAACCCCCAGAAUCUGGCUCUCGGGUCAGGAGCUGUCGGAUCUUUGCAGCUGACCUAUAUAUCCAAGGUCAGCGUCGCCACCCCGAAACAAAAACCGAAAGUCCCGUUCUGCUUUGUUAUCAAUGCUUUAUCUCAGCGCUAUUUCUUACAAGCCAGUGAUCAAAAGGACCUACAGGACUGGGUGGAGGCUCUGAACCGUGCCAGCAAGAUUACGGUGCCAAAGAGUGGUAGUUUGCCCCCAGCCACAGAGAUUACAAAGCCCCCCAUUGCACCCCAAACCCAGGAGAAGAAACCACAGGUGGCCUACAAAACUGAGAUCAUUGGAGGGGUGGUUGUGCACACACCUAUCUCUGUCAAUCAGAAUGGAGGGGAAGGAGCAGACGGCGGUGACGUGGCCACUCACCCUCUUCUGAGACGCUCCCAGAGCUACAUACCCACCUCUGCCUCCAAGCCGUCCACAGGGCCACCUGUCCUCAAGAGCGGCUACUGCGUGAAGCAGGGGAAUGUGAGGAAGAGCUGGAAACGCCGGUACUUUGCUCUUGACGACUUUACCAUCAGUUAUUUCAAGUGCGAGCAGGACAAGGAGCCCUUGCGUUCGAUCCUCCUGAAGGACGUCCUCAAGACCCACGAAUGUCUAGUCAAAUCUGGUGACCUUCUCAUGCGGGACAAUCUAUUUGAAAUCAUAACGAGCUCCAGAACAUUCUACAUCCAGGCAGACAGCCCUGAGGAUAUGCACAGCUGGAUCAAAGCAAUCACAGAGGCGAUGCAGGCCCUGAAAAGCCGCCCAAGGGAAAUGUCCUUUGCGAGAUCCAUUUCUUCUAUGAGCAGGCCUGGGUGCUCCAAUCUUUCAAGCUCCUUGAUCCCCUCCUUGCCCCGAAUGAGACAGCCCGGGGACGAGAGGAAAGCACUCUGCAAAACCCCUUCCACCCCAUCCUGGCAGCCUUGGACGCCAGUGCCGCAGCCAGGAGGGAAGCAGCCCAUGAUAGAGGAGAUGACUGGGCAUAUGAGAGACUCCGUGUUUGUGCCCUCAUUCACAGAGUGUGAUACUGGAGCCAUGCAGCAGAGGCGUGUACGGCACAGAUCUGAACCCCAGCACAUUAAAGAGAAGCCAUUUGCGUUUAACCUGGAUGAUGAGAACAUCCGGACCUCUGAUGUGUAACCAAACCCAGGCUCUUUUCGCCUUCAGUUGUGAUUUUUUUAAAUGAUGAACUCUGUUGAUAGCAGUUUAAUGCAAAGGUACCUUGAUUCUACCCCAGACACAUGCAGUGGUAUCAGCUAGCCCGAGCCAGCAUAGCGUGCCACUUGUGUAAUAACUAUUGCAAUGUGAUGUACUUUGUCUGCUGAAACAGAGCAGAUUUUGGACUGAAAGAGCUGGUCUCCUCAGUACAAGUGUGGAUAUGUGUGCUAAGUGCAUUGGGCCAGAUUAAUCUCUGGUGAAACUCCAUUUAAUUACCCGGGAUGAAUUUGUCCUGUUUUUGCCAACUCUCACCAGUGACAUGAGCUUUAGGUAGAACCACUUCCCUUGAUAGUGUUGCUUUCCCAGAAAAGGAAGUGGAGGUCACAUAUUUCUAACAGUUCCCCUCUCCCCACCCUCCACCGAAAGCCCACCUUUAACAGCCCAGUUUCUUUCUGUACCACCAGGCUGCCAGUGGUGAGCAUGAGAACUGAAGCAGCACUGGAGGAAGGCAAUGAGAACUGUCAGUAGCCAAGGCAGCCCUUUGUUUCAUUAGGAGGACACCACUGUGACUUGGUGAUCUUAAACCCAUUUUGUGCUCACUUUGUGCAGGCAUACAUGACGACCGCACAGGGUGUAAGUUGGGAAGCAUCAGACCCCGGUGCCUAACCUGACAAAACAGCACUACCUUUAGCAAAUACCGUGGUUCUGAAUUCUUGGGAAUCAUGCAGGAAAUGUAGGACAAGAUAUUGUCAAAGGCACAGAGGGCAGUUAGGUGCCCAGUUCUCAUUGACUUUCAGUAGGAGAUGGGUACUUAACUCCCCCAUACAGGCCAAAAAGGAAUGAGUGAGUCACACUAGGAAAUCUGCUGUGUUUAUAAAAAGAAAGAACACUGCAACUUUAAAACUGGUUUUCUAGGAGACCAGCUCUUCACAGUGGCCAACUAACAAUGUAUUAACAAAUCUAUUUUCUUUGUAAUAACUCCUUUUCUAUCCACGGCCUUUACAUGAUGUCAGACUCUGGAAAAAGCUCCUUGUUCAGACCUAUGUAACACUUCAUGCAUUGAUGAUAACAAACAUGUUUCUUGGUAUAUUUAUAUUUUUUUAAAAUGUGAGUCAAGGAUAACACCACUUCUUUGCAGACUAGGUGUAACUGAAUAUCUGUGGCAAGAAUAUUCUCAGGUAUGUAUCCAAUCUUGCAUUGCAUACACUUGGGCACAAAGAUUUAAUUAAAAUGCCUGAAUCUUGAAGUAUUAAAUAAUAUGUAGUGAAAGCAGAAUAUUUACAAUGAAAUUGGGAUGAUUUGGCCAUCCAACCAGCAUGCACUCUCGACCUUUACAUGUAAAUAAGCAGAACUCUUUUUUUUUUUUUUUUUUUUUUUUUUUAAGCAAUGCAAACGUGGCAUUAACCCAUAACAAAACAAGCUGAUGCACAAAGGGUAUAAAACAAUUUACAGCAGAGAGAGUGUUUGAUCUUUUUCACCUAAGAAGUGGGUAAGUAAUCACUCUCAGCUAGACACCACACAACUCUCUUUCCUGUCUCUUUAUUUCCUGUGGGGGUUUUUAAUAGCGGCUCAGGUUGUUCUGUGAUUUUUUUGAAGACUUUGUAAAGCCUGUACAAGGCAGGUGUACCUCUUACAUCGCUAUUUACAGGGCUUCAGUGGUUCAUAGGCCUUUUGCCAGCCCUCUGUGUAGAGGGGAGUUUAACCCAGAAUGAAAAGCUAUCCAGUCUUUCCAUUUGUGUGUCCAGCUGCUUCUGCACCAAGCCUUCUCCCCUCCCACCCUUACUCAGACAAAACCACCAGUGACUUCCUUGGGAAUUUUGCCUGAUUAAGCACAGAGGAUGAGGUGCUGUUUAUCUAAAAAGCAGCACAUCUAGCUAGAAACCCUUAUCCAAGGCUAAAGCAAGUUCACACCAUCGUAAGUAAUUAAAAGCAUCCCUUGCUUUAUUAUUAAGACAUUGCUGAAUGGGUUGCAAGUUCCAGCUAUUCGUAGUUUCAGUGCUACCUACACUCGUAGAAACUGACCUUCGUGAACAGAAGGCAGCGGCUGUAGAUAAUGGCCCCCAGUGAAGCCAUGCUAGCGUUCUUACCACGGACUGUAGACUUGCUCUGAAGAGGGUUAGAUGAGAUGGUUAAAAGCUGGUGGGGACCUAGAACUCUGCCUAUACUAGCUGCUGCCUGUUAGCAAGCGUGAGAGAUCUUUAAGGGGAAAAGAGGCUAGCGUAAACCCAGCUGAAGACUCCAAAUGGAAUUUCAUGUCCUAAACCAGAAAUGUGCAUGCUCUUGCCAUCUCUAAUAAAUUGAAGUUGAUACCUCAGUCUUAAAUGUUCCAAUCAUACUGCAGCAGCUGUAGGUUUGGGAUCUCUUGGAGUGGUCUUGAGAUAGCAAAGAUUUCUACUUCUUUUUAUUGUCUGACCGUUGUCAUUGGCUGUAUGGAGCAAUGCCAUGUGCCCUACAAACUCUGCUUAAUAUUACUCCACUGGAGAAAAUCCCUUUGUUUUGUCCUGGCCUGCACAGGAUUUUACUGUUUUAAGAACUAUAUGUAAGCCUGGUCCAAACUCAGUUUUUGGCCAAAUGGGGCUUUAUCAUGGUUUGGCCCAUGAGUAUGGAUGGAGCCAAAUCACGUUAUAACUAAACUGAAAUAAUAAGUUCUUGCUUCCAUUUCUACCUGUACCAAAGGGUUUUUUGUAACCCACACAGCCAGCCAAAAUCCAUUCCAGCCCUGGCCAAAACCACGUUCAAACUGUACUUGAGCACAGCUGUUAAAUAAGACUGAAAACCCUUGUGUAGAACAACAGUAUCUGUCAAUCUCAGGUUUUCGUAGGGCACCCGUCGCUGUGGUGUUUAUGCUCUGAUCGCUGUUACGCUGAGAGCUAGGAUUGGAGGUGAGGACUCAAAGAUUAACUUGGAACCUUUGCCACUGGGUCAGACCAAAGGUCCAUCUAGCCCAGUAUCCUGUCUUUAGACAGUGGCCAAUGCCAGGUGCCCCAGAGGGAAUGAACAGAACAGGGAAUCAUCAAGUGAUCCAUCCCCUGUCACCCAUUCCCAGCUUCUAGCAAACAGAGGCUAGGGACACCAUCCCUGCCCCUCCUGGCUAAUAGCCAUUGAUGGACCUAUCAUCCAUGAAUUUAUCUAGUUCUUUUUUGAACCCUGUUAUAGACUUGGCCUUCACAACAUCCUCUGGUAAGGAGUUCCACAGGUUGACUGUGCAUUGUGUGAAGAAAUACUUCCUUUUGUUUGCUUUAAACCUGCUGCCUAUUAAUUUCAUUGGGUGACCCCUAGUCCUUGUGUUAUGAGUAAACAACAGUUCCUUAUUUACUUUCUCCACACCAGUCAUGAUUUUAUAGACGUCAAUCAUAUCCCCCCUUUACCCUGAUGGUUCAGAAUCAGGUGUGUGCAUAAUGUGUGCUACUGUAAUACCAACAAAAGUGACCACUAGAAGCAUGGGCUACAAUUUUUAUGACAGGGGGAGGGGAGGGGAAUUCUCUUUCUAAACAAUGGACUUCAGACACAUAUCCCUGGCUCCGUCAAUGUACAUUUACAAGACAAAUGAGGGUUUGCCUAAUAAGAAGGGAGGAUAGCUUGAAAAUCUGUACAUACUGACUCACCACAGAAUGAAAUUAAAGUAGCGCUUGCAUGCAUUGCUUAAGCCCCAUAUUUUCAGAUUCUCGUAGUGUUGAGGAUGCACUGCUUUUGGAGAGAGAGGCCAGAAUUUUUAAAGUACUAUCUGGUGAAUUCAAAUAGGUCAACAUGACUGUAAUACAGCCUGAAUGUAGUUGCACCUUUUGUCUUCGUGGAUACAGCUGGCUAGAGCACGAUUUAAUAAUGUUACAUGCCUGGGGGGACAGAUUUCAGGAAUCCAUGCUGAAUUCUUUUACUUUUAUAUUUCAGUUCUAGUCAAAACAACUAAGUACAAAUGUAUACUUUUAUAUAUCCUGCCAAUCUAUUUAAAAUAUUGAAUGGAGUCCCCCACUUCAGGUCAAUCAGUUCAAACAAUGGUUCUAUGGGAGACACUGGGAAAUGUUGAAACAAUGAAUAUGAAUUGGAUCCAUGUAAAUGGUACAGCAAAAGUUAUAUUACUGAACUGUAGGAGUCUACAUUUGGAUUGUUUUUUUUCCCCUUUGGCUUUAUUUGCACUAGAUUUUCUCUUUUUAUACUGUUGUGGGUUUUGUUUUGUUUUUUCAGCUGACCUGCUGUUUAGCUAAUAAAACAUCCGGUUUUGACUAUA